AGGAAACAACCAGAAUUGUAGUCUUUUAAGCCAUGAAGACGUAACCCGGUAAUGAGCGAGGCAGCCCGGUGAACUACAUUACCAAGAACCACCUUGGCUAAACCGUUUGACAAGCGGCAGACGCUUCUUGUCUUUCAGUCUGCAGCAAGUAGAGUUGUUAGCUAACGUUUAGGUGUUGCCUGAGGUGGCAGGAUGGGUGUAUCAGAUUUACAAUGCGACACAAAUGCUGGACCUGUAGUGGAUCUGUCAGCCCGAGGUUUGCAAAAGCUGGAACCGAGUUUCACCUGCUCGGACAAUACUCACACUCUCAUCCUGGACCGUAACCACAUAAUGAAACUGGACCAUCUUGAAAGGAGUCCAGGCCUUCAGCAGCUUUCUGUAGCCAGUAACCGUCUGGUAAGGAUGAUGGGUGUGUGUCGGCUAACAGAGUUGACAGUCCUCAAUCUUCCCAAUAACAGUAUUGGAUACAUUGAGGGGCUCAGAGAUCUGUCGCACCUCAAAUGGCUAAACCUGUCUGGGAACAAUAUUAAGGUCAUUGAACAGCUCAACAACUGUGUUUCCCUUCAACACUUGGAUCUGUCUGACAAUAACAUAUCCACCAUUGGUGAUGUGACUAAGCUGGUGGCAUUAAAAACACUGUUACUCCAUGGUAACAGCAUUACAACGCUUCGUACUGUGCCUGCUCACCUUCCUGCCCAUUUAACCAUUCUGUCCCUGGCAGAAAAUGAGAUAAGGGAUCUGAAUGAAGCAUCAUACCUGGCACCUCUUCAUGAACUGGAGCAGCUGUCCAUUAUGAGCAACCCUUGUGUUAUGGCAACCCCCUCUCUGCCAGGAUUUGAUUAUCGGCCAUAUGUCAUGAGUUGGUGUCUGAGCCUUAAGGUCCUGGAUGGCUAUGUAGUGUCACAGAAAGAAGGUCUGAAAGCAGAGUGGCUCUACAGUCAGGGAAAAGGACGCUCCUAUCGACCAGGUCAGCAUGUUCAGCUGGUUCAGUACCUGGCCACUGUUUGCCCUCUGACGUCAUCACCAGCCCUGGAGACGGCAGAAGAUGCCAAACUGGAGAAGAUCCUCAGUAAGCAAAGGUUUCAUCAGAAGCAGCUGUUAGAGGAGACCAGAGGAGGGUGUCCCAGCCCUCCUCGUCCAACUCAGCUAGAUGUGGAGAGGCACAGUCCUUCACAUACAGUCCCACAGGGGGGAGCCAGCGAGGUGAAACAAAUCCAUGCACCUGCACCAGCUGCUGCUCCAUCAGUCUGUGAGACAGAGCCAGUAGUGCAGUUCAACACUUGGGUGAGCUGUGAUUCUUCACACACAUCACUGCCUGUAGUUCGCAGCCCAAAGCUCAGGCAGGAGCACAUCUAUUUGGAGGAUGUGCAGACAGACGAGGAGAAACUCAGUGGAAGCUUGCUUUCCUCUGAGUCCACCUUUCUCCCCUUCACAUCUGGUCUGGAGCCACAAACAACCCACUCUGACAGCGAGGACGAGACAGAGACAUUUGAACCCGAUUCCCUGGCUCCAAAGCGGCCAGCAUUGCCCAAAAAGCACAACACAAACAAGACACAUCAUUCACCCCGAUUGGAUAAGCCAGAGAGGGGUCUUGAGGAGGAAGUUAUGUCUGCAGCAGCACCAACAGCUGUAGCACUGGGCAUCAGAGUUAGCACACCACAAAAUGACCAGGAAACAUCCUCCGACUACAGUAAAGCAGAGAUGAAAGAAGCUCCCAAGCAGGAAGACAUUAGUGUGUGUGCAAGUAACUCAAGCUUGAUGGGAGCUGACAGGGCAGCAGUUAAAAUACAAUCAUGGUGGAGGGGACAGCACACUCGGUGCUGUCACCCCAUGGCCAGAGAAGUGCGCAGUGAAAUCCGCCUGCGCAGGAUGCAAGACCACAUCCUCUCCCUGUCUGAAAAGUUGGACAGGGUGCAGCAGCAGUAUGAAGAAGAGAGAUUACAAAGGCUGGUUCAGGAGGAAGCUGUAAAGUUUCUGUGGAAACAGCUCCAGUCUAUGGAGCAGUGGAAGCAGUCCGUGGAGCAGCAGCUGGCUAGCAUUAGUCAGGCUGUCACCCCGGCUCAGAUGCCAGCUCCUGGACUCUGUGUGGCUGCCCCUCCUGUUGCAUCCAGCACAAAGAACCCCCCCUGCAUGGACGUCUCGUUCCCAGACUCUGGCUUCCAGUCAACCAAUGAUCAGCAGGCAGCACAAGAGGACAGCUUCCUGAGCAGUGGGACAGCAGACUCUCUAAAGACUGUGCGAGCACUGAGCCCUGUUCAUAGUGGCUUUGCUGGUGUUAGUGAUGGUGUGGACAGUGCAGACUGCAGCCUGCUGGAGCAGUACCUCUCCUCUGUACAGCAGAGGGAGCAGGAGGCUGAGGAGGUGAUGAGUGAGAGAACACAAACACCACAGCCCUCCUCCUCACCAGUAUCACCCGACAAAAUAGCACAGCCAAACUCUCCCCUGCAGAAGGGAGCAGACAACCAAUCAGAAAUGCAAAGAACAAACAAAGAGGAGCCCACCGCUGGCUUUGUCUGAGAGAAUUCACCCAAUGCACUCCUGUACAGAACUAAACUAGCACUGACUGCAAGAUCAAGAUGUGUUGCUCCCUCUACAGACUCCACACUGAUCUUGAUUACUGACCUAGAUCUCAAAUGUCAGUGCACAUAGUUUAAUUUAUCAAGACUGACCCUAGGACAGGCUUGAAAACAAUACUUUACUGUGAAUGUAACUCAAUCUUUUUAUACUCCACUUGGAUCUGUUCUAUUUAAUAUUUUCCUUUUUGUGAAAUGACAAUGAUUGUGAUGUAGCUUCUGAAGGUAUUCAUAACUUAUAAGCAAUCAUUUCAUGAUGAAAAACGGUAAGUAGGUUGCUAACUCCACUGAAGACCAGGCAUGGUACAUCCUAUUCCCUUAUCAAUAUCCACUGUAUUAUACAUGUGAUAAACGACAGUUAAUAUGGAGUUGAUGUGUGGAACAUAGUGCACCUGUAACCCCAAAUAUAAACUAUACAUGAAACAACAAGCAUACUUUUUAUUAUCACAUACGGUGUUAAUAGCUUAACUGUUUUUAUCAGCUUUAGAUCACAUCACCUGAAAAUGUUGUAGCACUACAUUGUCUUGAAAGAAUGUAAAUAAAUCUGCAAUAAUUAUUUUCCAA